GGGAAUUAAAAUAUUUAGUGAAGGUUACAAAAACCCUAGUGCUUGCUGCGGUAUAUCUACUCUCGUGUUGUCGCCCAUCAGUAGAAGAAGUCUUUCCGCGCUCUCUCUGCUUCUGCUUUGCCGAAGAACGCUCGUCCUUCAAAAUCUGUGAUCGGCGAGGCUACGUUAUCUCGGCAGCCAAACAAUGGCCUUGGGUCUGUCGCCUUCUUAAAGUGUCCUGCUUUCUGUUGGAUUGGUGAUAAUAUGAAACUGUAUGUAGGGUAUCCGGGUAACAAAAAUGCAAACAAGGCUCUUAUUGCUGCAGAGUACUCUGGUGUGAAGAUUUCUAUCGCUGAGAAUUUUGAGAUGGGUGUCACUAAUAAGACGCCUGAAUUUCUCAAAAUGAACCCGAUUGGAAAAAUUCCGGUCCUGGAGACACCUGAGGGUACUGUUUUUGAGAGCAAUGCUAUUGCUCGAUAUGUUGUCAAGUUGAAGGCUGACAACCCUCUCUUUGGUUCUUCUGCAAUUGAAUAUGGCCAAAUUGAGCAAUGGAUUGACUUCUCAUCUUUGGAGAUUGAUGCCAACCUUAUUAGUUACUUUAAAGCUAGAAUGGGAUGGACUCCUUAUUUCCCUGCUGUUGAGGAAGCUACAAUUGCUUCAUUGAAGAGAGGUUUCGAAGCAUUGAAUACUCAUCUUGCCUUAAAAACCUACCUGGUUGGCGAUUCAAUCACUUUAGCUGACAUUGUCAUGGCAUGUAACCUGUACCUGGGGUUUGCCAGACUCUUGCCCAAGAGCUUUACCUCGGAAUUCCCCCAUGUUGAGAGAUACUUUUGGACAGUUGUCAAUCAACCAAAUAUUAAGAAGGUUAUUGGGGAUGUCAAGCAAACUGAUUCUGUCCCACCUGUUGAGUCUGCCAAGAAACCUGGUCAGGAAAAGGAGAAGGCAAAGCCCAAGGAGGCACCAAAGAAAGAAGCGAAAAAGGUGGAGCCUGCUAAGCCUGCAACUGAUGAGGUAGAAGAGGCACCAAAGCCUAAAGCCAAAAAUCCUCUUGAUUUGUUGCCACCAAGUAAGAUGGUUUUGGAUGACUGGAAGAGGUUGUACUCCAACACCAAGUCCAACUUCCGUGAGGUGGCCAUCAAAGGCUUCUGGGACAUGUAUGACCCUGAGGGCUAUUCACUCUGGUUCUGUGACUACAAGUACAAUGAUGAGAAUACCGUGUCAUUCGUCACUCUGAACAAGGUUGGCGGGUUCCUCCAGAGGAUGGAUUUGGCCAGGAAGUAUGCAUUUGGGAAGAUGCUGAUCAUCGGUGGGCAGCCACCAUUCAAGGUGAAGGGGCUGUGGCUCUUCCGUGGGCAAGAGAUCCCGCAGUUCAUCAUGGAUGAGUGCUAUGACAUGGAGCUCUACGAGUGGACGAAAGUUGACAUCACCGAUGAAGCCCAGAAGGAGCGUGCCAGCCAGAUGAUCGAAGACUUCGAGCCAUUCGAGGGAGAGCCUCUGUUGGAUGCCAAGUGCUUCAAAUAGAAAGUGAAUGAAUUAAAAUGCAUCAAACUCUUGUUAAUUUAAGUCAUGUUGGGAUUGACCCAAGUUCUUUUGUAGUGAGUGAGUUUUUGUUUGUUUUGAAGCAUUUCCUGCUGUGGUGAUGCGAACGGCUGUUUUUAAACCUUGAAUCAUAUAGAUCAGCAACUUUUGACGAUUGGUAAGAUCUUUGUCGUUCGACGCCAUUUGGAUAUUCUGCCGAUCCUUAUAGAUUUAAGGGCUUGGUUACUACAGAAAUUCAAAGCUACUUUGCAGAUGAGAUUCCUUAUUAA